AUGGAGACCUUCCAUUUUUGUGAUUUAGAGCUGAGUGAGGAGGUUGUUCAUGGCAUCAAAACUGCAGAGAUUUUGAGGGUUCUUCGAGCUGAUUUGGAGGCCGGUGAUCUUAGGGCUCGGGAGGUUUCCUUCAAGGAUAUUGAUGCUUGUGGACCCCCUUAUUUCUAUGGGAGUAGGGAUUGGUGGUGCGAGGUUUUUCAGGGCCUCGAACCAGAUGCAGUCGAUUCCAAAUCAUCGGAGGAUUUUGUCACUAGAUUCAAGAGAGAAUUUGUGCCAACAGUUGACUCAUGA